AGGGCUGUCAUCUUUAAUCCCAAUAUCGACAUAUUGCAAAAGAAAAAGGAAAGAAUGAAGCUUUUUAAAUGCUGAUAAUAUUCUAUAGAAAAUACAGAUCGCCAUAUAGACCUAUGAGAUGGAUGUCGGGUUACGGUAUACUUACAAGAGUCUCGCAUUUCCGCGUUAUCAUUACUUUCAAACACGAUUGCAGAGAUUGGUUCCAAGAUGGCAAAAUAUUUUGGAUGCUGGAGGUCUGCCAGACUGUAUUUCCCAGGGUACGAUAAAAGUAAAGGAGAUCACAUCAGCAGCUCAGCAAGUUACAGAUGAGGUUACCGUGAAUCUCUUUGCUGAUGCUGCCUGGUUAAAGAAAAGGGAAUUUGGCUUGCCAAAGCAGAGUAUUGUGAUUGGUAGAGUAAAAGUAGAAGAUUUACAAUGGACUGGUUACACUAAGGACCUAAAGAACACCAGCAGUUUUCAACCAUCAGUGACAGUGAUUGUAACACAGUCUGAGGAGAAGGUCCAUGAAGUAUUAGCGGAAUUCACUGAACCUCAGUUGAGUGAUGUUAUAAUAUACAAUGAUCAAACCAAAGCUGCAGUCCUUUACACUGACCUUAACAAGAUGGACGUUGAUGGCAAGUCAGCGAAAUGUAGCAAAUCUCUGACGGCUCAGGUGCAGUAUUUGUUAGAGGAAAAGGUUAUUAUAGUAUUAGAGAAAGUAACAAGUUACAUUCGAGAGUUUGUACCGAGACAGGAAGAAGAAUUGGAUAGUUCGCUAUUAGAUUCCAUACAUAUGAAACUGAUCGAGAGUCUACGAAAUCCAUUUGUUGUCAAAGAUCUGUCUCCAGAUAGUGAAGAGAUAACUACAGAGAGGAUCCCCACAGACAAAGAACUUUUUCAGAUUGCGGAGGUUAUUGUACGUCAUUGGGAGGGGCUUGCGAUAUUACUAGGUAUAACCCAGCUAGAAAUUGAAAAUAUUAAAACGGACACUCGUGCAAUAAGCAUGCAAAGUAUUCAGAUGUUACAGACAUGGAGAAAGAAGGAGGGAAGCAAAGCUACAUUAAAGGAACUAUUUAGAAAUAUGGAAGAAAUGAAUAUGGACAUUUCAGAUCUCAAAACAUCUUUUGAGGGGCACAGGACAGAUCUUCAGAAAGAUGAAAUAUUUCACAAGAAACUAACAGACUUCGUCGUCUAUAAAACCAAGUGUGUUGCUUGUGAUACGCUGUCCAAACGAUACGGAAUUUCUGCUUCGCUCAUCAAUGAAUUCUUAAAUGCUGGAUUCUUUGACUAUGAAGCAAAAUUGAAAGAGUCAUUGAGCACCAUCCAUUUGCCCAAAUGGCCUCGUGACAAAACGGAUAAUGGUGUUUCGACGUGCCGUAUAUUCUCGUACAGGUGUGCAAUGAGCAUGACCAAGAUAAUACACAGUACAGAGGACUACAUUAAAGCCAAGCUUAGAAUAUUGGUUGUGUUGAAGAAACUACAGUUUGAGCUUUUUGGACUACUGUCCCAGGCUGAUGUUCCUGUGUCCUUGACUGUGCCUGUUCUUCCCAGACUUACCCCGGAGCUACAGUAUGAGCUGUUAAAGCUUGAAGAGGUCACUGGGUGUGGAACAUGUUUUGGCGAACUUAUGUUACACUUGAGGAAGACUUUAUAUCCUGCUAGGAAAGAGGACAUUAGACAGAUACUAAAGGAAUACAAGUACUCAGGAGGAUUUAAAUCAGAAAUGAUGGAAGAAAAAAAAGAACAAGUACGCAUCAUGCCUUUGGUGCUGGAACAGGGCCAAGAGUUACGAGGAAGGCGGAUGGGAGCGGAUGAUUUUAGUUAUGGAAGCCUGGGGUGCUUUUUUCACUUGAAGCCAAACAGGGAUAAAUCUAGAAUGUGUCAAGGGGAAACAGGGGCAAUGAUUAGCACUGGUUAUGCCAUUCAGGAGGCAAAAGAUCAUUGCCUGACUUGUGCCCAUUGUUUGAAAGACUGUGAAGAAAACAUAGAAGUCAGAACAAGUGGUGGCAACGAAUACAGCCAUAUUGGAACUAAGAAAUGUUUCUUGUACAAUCCAGAAGCUUUGGAUGUGGCAUCAGUUCAAGUUUUAGACGACAAACUUGAACAUUGUGAUUCCGGAUUAAAAAGAUCUGACAGAGUGUCUGUACAGGACUGGAAGGUGUUUGAUGUAGAUCCGAUACGAAGAGAUGUCCACAAGGAAGGAUGCAGAACAGGCUUUACAAGGGGACUUGUCAUGUCUACAGACUACAUGACAGAAAAAAUUAUGGAUUAUAAUAUAUUAAAGUUUAAGAGAACUCGAUCCUUUGAAGGAAGAUUUCAACCGUCGUACAAUAUUUUGAUCGAAUCUUUACCUGGAGCUGGUGAACAGAUAAGGGAUGUUUUAACUGAUGAACCCAUAGAGCCAUUAGAAGCUGGACCUUUCUCGUUGGAAGGUGACAGUGGAUCAGUUAUCAUAGCUGACGAUGCAGAUACUGUGGUGUCUGUCAAUGCUGUUGCCCUUCUUCUUGGAGCUGUUGUGAGACAGGAGCAAUUCCUUCAUAGCUAUGCUAGUUUGAUGAAAAAAACGAUUGAAGAAGUAGAAGUACAGUAUGAUUGUACUGCCACUCCUUCAAAGCUGCGACCAGGUGGACGUACUGCAGAAGGAGCUGUUGGAGGUGGAGCUGUUGGAGGUGGAGCUGUUAUCGGUGGUCAAAUAAUAUAUGAGAGAGCAGUUUAAGUUGGACCUCCAUUUCAGACUUAAUCAGGGUCUAUCACUCCAGCAGUAGUAAUGUAUUUCUAGAAACCUUGAAAACUGUUAGGAGCAUAAUUUAACUCUCUAAGAAACUAUUCGAGAUGGAGCUUCAUUUUGUAUAUCAAGUUUUUUAAGAUGGGACGUUACUUCUUUGUCCUUAAGAUAAGAGCAGAACUUACAUUCAUGGCAAAAAAUAUAAGCCAAUUGCAGAGCUGUCAUAGAUGAGACAGCUUUUGGAGGUGGAGCUUCUCUUAUUGGCCUGAUAUAAGAAAGCUUUGGGAGGAGGAGCAUCUCUUAUAAGACAAAGAUAAGGCAGUCACUGAAGUAGGAGCUAAACUUUCCAGUACAAAAAUAAUAAAGUUGGUGAAGGGGAGCUGCACCUCAUGGUCAGAACUGAGGCAGCUGUUGGAGGAUGAGGUCAAAGAUAAGAUAGAUUCUGAGGGUGGGGAGCUUGGACAAAGAAUAUCAGUCCUUGGAGACAGAUCUCUUAUUGGUCUUACAUUGUAGUUGAGACAGCUUUUAGAGUAGGGUUUACACCUGUUCAUCAAAAAUGAGACAGAGUUGAAGGAGAAGCUUUGCCUUUAUAUUGGAAGUGGUGUUUCACUUCUUGGACAAAGAUGAGUCAGCACCUGUAAGACUUGAAGCUCCUCUACUUGUUGCUGUAAGCUUUGUUGCUUUGAGAUAUUAAUGAUGUGCUUCAUUUUAUAGUCUUGUUUGUUUGAAAUAUAUUUUAUAUUUGAAGUUAUAUACUAAAUUUUUGGCAAUGUUUAAAGUACCAAAGCUAGUUUUUUAAAUUAAAUUUUACUUCAUUUUGUAAAUGAAUUUAUUGUGUUGAGAUUUGUUAACUAUGCACCAGAUUAAAUUUUUUAUUAUUUUACUUUUAGAAUUUGUAAAAUGUACUUCAGAUGGGUUAGUGUAUUCACAAUGUACUUAAAUGUUAUAUAUCUUUCUUUUUUGUUAUCAUGUAUGACUUUUUAAUUUGUUUAAUUCUACAAAGUGUCAUACUAUUAGAAUGAUCUUGUAAUUGUUAAAAUAAUAUAUAAUGUACACUAAACAACUGAUUGAUGAAAGUCACAAGGGGAUGAAGAAACUGCUUAAGGUAUCACCUUUGCUUGAUACUAACGUUAAAAAGUCAUUAUUUGAGUUUAGAAGAUUUCCACUUGGUUUGGCUGUUCUAAACGAUUUGCGUAAAAUUUUAAUGCUAAAUGCAAAAUGACCAGUCUUGUUAUGAUGUGGUUUCACUGUAAAUAUGCAUUUGCGCCAUUUUUUGGGACUGAAACAUUGAACUUGUAAAGAAAUUAGGCAAUGGUUUAUUCACGUAUGGUGUGUAUGUGUGUUGAAUGUGCUGUCUGUAGAAGGUGGCCAGAAGAAAACCAUGUAGGUUUAUUGACAAGAAGGUGUUGAAUAGCGUUGUGUUGAGCAGUUAUACAGUAGAUGUUUUGGAUAAAGAGGCCAGUAUAUCUUCUUAUCAUAGCUUGUUCAACAGACGCAAUUGUUGUCAAUUUCUAGGUGUAUGUUUGAUAUUCAUUUACUUCAAGCUUAGCGUACCAAGCUAUGAUGUUGUUAUAGCAGACAGGCAACAGAAAGAGGUACUUCGGAAUUCAUUUGAAACAAUCUUUUUUAGAUAAAAAUAUAUUAUGGUACGUACUACAGUACUGAGUUGCCGUAUCAUAUUAAACUGUGAUAAAACAUGUCUGAUAGUGCCCAUCCCUGCUGCCUUGGUACUGGAGCCCGUGAUGCUCGAGGGAGCAGUGUUUCACUGUAUAAAUGGAUAAUUUUUCUGAUUCCUGGAAGUGCAUGUACUUUGAUUUUUUUCUGACUUUAGAUAAAAGUAAAAACAAAGUGAUGCUGUAGGUUUGAGACAGUAUUUUUACAUGUAACACAUUUGUGUAGUUUGUAAAAUUGUGAAUUCAUGUAAUAUUGUAGGCAUGAAAUUUUGUGAAAUGGGGUUCUUUCAUAGGAUUUAACCCUUAUCAUGCUUGGCACAACUGAUUCUGCCUUUGUGACCAGUGUAGAUCGUGAUCAGCCUGUACAUCUGUGCAGUCUGAUCAAGGUCUGCACUGUUUGCCAUUCAGUCAGUAUUUUUUUGGUAAGUACCCCUUUUAACAGUUAAUGGUACUGUCCAAAUUGAAAGAUGGGAAAGCUCAUUAUGGAAAUUUAGCAGGGUAAGGGUUAAAUUCAUGGAUUUCAACCUAUGAAGAUAAAAUUAACAGGAAUGAACAUGAAUUUUGUUUGAUGGGAUUUAAUUUUAUGGAUUGACUCAACCAGGAAAGCCAUGAAAAUUUAGACCCCCACAAAUAAUGAUUUUACAGAAUAAUGCAAAAUCUAUUUACUGUGUUAGUCAAAAAGUAAAAAUUAGACGUAAAUUUGAAGGAAUUUAGCUGAAGUUUGUAUCAUACUCAUGAAGUGUAAGAUUUAAUGUUUUCAUUUUUAGUGUGACUUUUCCAAAAAAAAAUAGAGCUAUUGCACACGCCCAGGCGUCGGCAUCGGCGCUGGCGCUGCUGUUGGUCUAAGUUUUUGAUAAAGUCAAAUAUCUCUGUUACUAUCAAAGCUGUUGACUUGAAACUUGAAAUAGUUAUUUACUAUCAAAGUCUACACCAGGAGAAAGAAUCCCCAUAACUUUGGUUUGAAUUUUGACAGAUUUAUGCCCCUUUUUAACUUAGAAUUUUUUGGUUAAAGUUUUUGAUAAGGUCAAAUAUCUCUGUUACUAUCAAAGCUUUUGACUUGAAACUUAAAAUAGUUAUUUACUAUUAAAGUCUACACCAGGAAAAACAAUUCCUAUAUCUCUGAUUGAAUUUUGACAGAUUUAUAAUUAUGCCCAUUUUUAACUUAGAAAUGUUUUGGUUAAAGUUUUAUAUAAUGUCCAAUAUCUCUGUUACUUUCAAAGCUAUUGACUUGAAACUUAAAGUAGUUAUUUACUAUCAAAGGCUACACUAGAAAAACAAUCCCCAUAACUCUGAUUGAAUUUUGACAGAGUUAUGCCCCUUUUUAACUUAGAAUUUUUAGGUUAAAAUUUUAUAUAAUGUCCAAUAUCUCUGUUACUCUCAAAGCUAUUGACUUGAAACUUAAAAUAGUUAUUUACUAUCAAAGUCUAAACCAGAAGAAACAGUCCACAUAACUCUGAUUAUAUAUUUGAUUGAGUUAAGCCCCUUUUACUGACAAAGCUCAAAUUCUGAGUCAAGCACUGAGAAAAGUCGAGUGUGCUGUCUUACAGACAGCUCUUGUUUGUUGUUUUUUUAAGUUGAUGACUUUGUGUACAUUUGGAGGUAUGCCCCUCUUAAAGGUCAUAAUGCCUUUCUUUAAAAUGUGGCUGCCACAUUUUUAGCUCACCUGUCACAAAGUGACAAGGUGAGCUUUUGUGAUCGCGUGGUGUCCGUCGUCCGUCGUCCGUCCGUGCGUGCGUGCGUGCGUCCGUCCGUAAACUUUUGCUUGUGACCACUCUAGAGGUCACAUUUUUCAUGGGAUCUUUAUGAAAGUUGGUCAGAAUGUUCAUCUUGAUGAUAUCUAGGUCAAGUUCGAAACUGGGUCACGUGCCAUCAAAAACUAGGUCAGUAGGUCUAAAAAUAGAAAAACCUUGUGACCUCUCUAGAGGCCAUAUAUUUCACAAGAUUUUCAUGAAAAUUGGUCAGAAUGUUCACCUUGAUGAUAUCUAGGUCAAGUUCGAAACUGGGUCACGUGCCGUCAAAAACUAGGUCAGUAGGUCUAAAAAUAGAAAAACCUUGUGACCUCUUUAGAGGCCAUAUAUUUCACAAGAUCUUCAUGAAAAUUGGUCAGAUUGUUCACCUUGAUGAUAUCUAGGUCAAGUUCGAAACUGGGUCACGUGCCGUCAAAAACUAGGUCAGUAGGUCUAAAAAUAGAACAACCUUGUGACCUCUCUAGAGGCCAUAUAUUUCACAAGAUCUUCAUGAAAAUUGGUCAGAACGUUCAUCUUGAUGAUAUCUAGGUCAAGUUCGAAACUGGGUCACGUGUUGUUAAAAACUAGGUCAGUAGGUCAAAUAAAAGAAAAACCUUGUGACCUCUCUAAAGGCCAUAUUUUUCAUGGGAUCUGUAUGAAAGUUGGUCUGAAUGUUCAUUUUGAUGAUAUCUAGGUCAAGUUCGAAACUGGGUCACGUGCGGUCAAAAACUAGGUCAGUAGGUCUAAAAAUAGAAAAACCCUGUGACAUCACUAGAGGCCAUAUAUUUCAUGAGAUCUUCAUGAAAAUUGGUCAGAAUGUUCAUCUUGAUGAUAUCUAGGUCAAGUUUGAAAGUGGGUCACGUGCCUACAAAAACUAGGUCAGUAGGUCAAAUAAUAGAAAAACCUUGUGACCUCUCUAGAGGCCAUAUUUUUCAUGGGAUCUGUAUGAAAGUUGGUCUGAAUGUUCAUCUUGAUGAUAUCUAGGUCAAGUUCAAAAGUGGGUCACGUGCCGUUAAAAACUAGGUCAUUAGGUCAAAUAAUAGAAAAACCUUGUGACCUCUCUAAAGACCAUAUUUUUCAUGGGAUCUGUAUGACAAUUGGUCUGAAUUUUCACCUUGAUGAUAUCUAGGUCAAGUUCGAAACAGGGUCAUGUGCUGUCAAAAACUAGGUCAGUAGGUCUAAAAAUAGAAAAACCUUGUGAACUCUCUAGAGGCCAUACUUGUGAAUGGAACUCCAUAAAAAUUGGUCAGAAUGUUCACCUUGGUGAUACUUAGGUCAAGUUUGAAACUGGGUCAUGUGCCGUCAAAAACUAGGUCAGUAGGUCAAAUAAUAAAAAAACCUUGUGACCUCUCUAGAGGCCAUACUUUUCAUGGGAUCUGUAUGAAAGUUGGUCUGAAUGUUCAUCUUGAUGAUAUCUAGGUUAAAUUUGAAACUGGGUUAGCUGCGAUCAAAAACUAGGUCAGUAGGUCUAAAAUUAUUAAAAUCUUUUGACCUCUCUAGAGGCCAUAUUUUUCAAUGGCUCUUCAUGAAAAUUGAUCUGAAUGUUCACCUUGAUGAUAUCUAGGUCAGUUUCGAAACUGGGUCACGUGCGGUCAAAAACUAGGCCAGUAGGUAUAAAAAAUAGAAAAACCUUGUGACCUCUCUAGAGGCCAUAUUUUUCAUGAGAUCUUCAUGAAAAUUAGUGAGAAUGUUCACCUUGAUGAUAUCUAGGUAAAAGUCAAAAGAGGGUCAGGUACCUUCGAAAAUUAGGUCAAUAGGUCAAAUAAUAGAAAAACCUUGUGACCUCUCUAGAGACCAUAUUUUUCAAUGGGUCUUCAUAUCUUGAUAAUAUCUAGGUCAAGUUCAAAACUGGGUCACAUGAGCUCAAAAACUAGGUCACUAUGUCAAAUAAUAGAAAAAACGACGUCAUACUCAAAACUGGGUCAUGUGGGAAGAGGUGAGCGAUUCAGGACCAUCAUGGUCCUCUUGUUCAUUUUAGACAUAAAUUAUAUUAUUUGACUAUGUAUUAAUUUUUCCUGUAAAAUGGUGUACAGAUAGUUACAUGUACUUCAGCUGCUGUGAAUUUUAUGUUUUUUGUAACACCACUAGGGAUAUUCUAAUUCUUGUUUCAAGACUAGAUAAAUAAGUGUUUUUGAACAAAGUAGUUAAAAAUACUACAUCAGAUAAAAUGGAUCUAAAAGUUUUAAAGGAAAUUAUUUAAUAAGCUUAAUAUACAAAUAUUAGACAUAAGUUUUUGUGCAGUACUGUGUUUCUAUAUUUCACAAAACUGCUGAAAAACAAAAUUUUAAACAUUUGUCCAUAAGUCUCACCUCAAAGCAUUCAAUAAAUGUUACUCACAAGCUCAUUACAGUUGCAUUUGUAAAUAGGAAAAAUGAAAUUUAUAAAAACCUAGUCAGUCUUCUUUCAGAUAUGUGGGGCUUGUCAAUUUAAGCUCAACUGUUCAAAGAAUAGGUGUAUUGUUUUUCAUGAUGUUUGUAAUAGUCUAAUGACUAACCAUACACAAAUGUGGAGGUACAUGGAAGUUUAUUAAAUGAAAAUACACUUGAUGUUAACUCGUAGAGCUCUCGGAAAAUACUGGCUUGCCCGGCUGUUUGAAAUCAGUAUAUGUAUAUCAGAAUCCUAGACAAUCAUGUAGUCUGUUUCAAAUUAUAUCAAGUAUCAAUGAUACAAUAGGUAGAGCUAUUGGACUCACCCAUGUGUCGGCAUCGGCGUCCCGAUUUGGUUGUUAAUAAGUAUUUGUAUGUAAUUAUAUCUCAUUUCUGUUUUGAGAAUUUUUCACAUUAGUACCCUUUUGAAAGUUGAGGACUGUUAACAUUCACUUCUUUGAAGAGAACUAAAUGAAAACUUUUACAUAGUGUCAAUUUGCAGAGUAGUUGAAAGCCUUAAUAACCUGACUCAGUGAAUUUUUUUGUAACAUAUAGUUACAUAAACAUGUACUGUCUAUUGAUUAUAGUAAAAGAAAAUAUGACUGUUCUACUUUUCUAUGUCAAAGCAGUUUUGUGGUGGGUAUGAAUCAUUUGUAGUAGUUUUUAGCUCACCUGAGCACAUAGUACUCAGGGUGAGCUAUUGUGAUCGCUCACUGUCCGGCCGUCUAGCGUCCAGCCGUGCAAAUUUUCCUUUAAACAACAUCUACUCCUAAACCACCAGGCAAAUUUUGAUGAAACUUCACAGAGAUGGUCCUGUGAGGGUUUUGAUAUUUGGUAUGUAGUUUCAUCUUAUGGUCCUCUACCAAGAUUAUUCAAAUGAUCUCCCUAGGGUCAAAUGUGGCCCUGCCUUGGGGGUCACAUUGUUUAUAUAGGGAAAAACUUUGAAAAUCUUCUUGUCCAAAACCACAGGGCCUAGGGCUUUGAUGUGUGUAGCAUCAUCUAGUGGGCCUCUACCAAGAUUGUUCAAAUUAUCCCCCUAGGGUCAAAUAUGGCCCUGUCCUGGGGAUCGCAUGGUUUAUAUAGACUUAUAUAGGGAAAACUUUGAAAAUCUUCUUGUCCAAGACCACAGGGCCUAGGGCUUUGAUAUUUGGUAUGUAGCAUCAUGUAGUGUGUCUCUACCAAGAUUGUAUAAAUUAUAUCAUGAGGGUCAAAUAUGGCCCCGCUCCGAGGGUAACAUGGUUCAUAUUAGACUUAUAUAGGGAAAACUGAAAAUCUUCUUGUACAAAACCACAUGGCCUAGGGCUUUAAUAUUUUGUAUAUAGCAUCAUAUAAUGGUCCUCUACCCAUUGUUCAAAUUUCCUCCUAGGGUUAAAUAUGGCUCCACCCUAGGGGUCACAUGGUUUAUAUAAAUUUGUAUAGGGAUAACUUUGAAAAUCUCCUUGCGCAAAAUCACAUGGCCUAGGGCUUUGAUAUAUGUCUCCCCACAUAUUGUUUUUGCCCUGUCAGUCCGUCCAUGCGUCACACUUUAUUUCCGAUCAAUAACUGGAGAACCAUUUGACCUAGUAUCUUUAACUUAAUAAGAUGGCAGGGCUAAUAAAGUAGACGACCCACUUUUGUUUUUGGGGUCACUCCAUCAAAGGUCAGGGUCAAAGGGACCAGAACAUGGAAAGCCAUUUCCGAUCAAUAACUUGAGAACAACUUGACCCAGAAUGUUGAAACUUCAUAGGAUGAUUGGACAUGCAGAGAGAUGACCCCUGUUGUUUUGGGGUCACUGUUAAGGGUCAAGGUCACAGGGGCCUGAACAUGAAAUACCAUUGCCGAUCAAUAACUUGAGAAUCACUUGACUCAGAAUUAUGUAACUUCAUAGGAUGAUUUGACAUGGAUAGGAUUACCCCUAUUGAUUUUGAGGCCACUCCAUCAAAGGUCAAGAUCACAGGGACCAGAACAUGGUAAUCCAUUCACAAUCAGUAACUUGAGAACCAUUUGACCUAGAACCUUCAAACUUUAUAGGGUGAUAAGACUUGCAGAGUAGAUGACCCAUAGUGUUUUUGGGGUUAUUCCAUCAAAGAUCAAGGUCACAGGGGCCAUCCGUCCAUCACACUUCAUUUUCAAUCAGUAACUGGAGAACCAUUUGACCUAGAACUUCAAACUUCAUAGGGUGAUAGUGCUUACAGAGUAGAUGAACCUGAUUAUUUUAGGCUUACUAUAUCAAAGUUUAAGGUCACAGGGGCCUGAACAUGGAAAAGCGUUUUCGAUCAAUAACUUGAGAAACUUCAUUUCAUAGGAUGAUUGAAUAUGUAAAGUAGAUGACCCCUAUUGAUAUUUUUGGGUCACUUCUUCAAAGGUCAAGGUCACAGGGACCAGAAUAUGGAAACGGUUUCCAAUCAAUUUGACCCAGAACCUUCAAACUUCAUAGGACUUACAGAGUGGAUGACCCUUAUUGUCUUUGGGGUCACUUGAGCAAAAGUCAAGGUCACAUGGGCCUGAACAUUGAAAACUUUUUCCCAUUACAAACUUGAGAAGCACUUGACCAAGAAUGUUGAAAUUUCAGAGGAUGAUUUGACAUGCAGAGUAGAUGACCCCUAAUUAUUUUGGGGUCACUCAAUCAAAGGUGAAGGUCAAAGAACAUUGAAAACCGUUUCCAAUCCAUUACUUGAGAACCAAUAAGCCCAGAAUGUUGAAACUUCAUGGGAUGAUUGGACAUGCCGAGUAGAUGAUCCGUAUUGCAGUCAACCAUCAGGGUUUCUUUGACUCGCGCCUGUCCCCUAGUGACUUCUUGUCUACUACUACUGUGCAUUCGGGGAGACAUGCUCCUUCUACAAAAACAUCUUCUAGUUGGUAUGUAGCAUCGUGUAGUAGUCCUUUACCAAGAUUGUUUAAAUUAUCCCCCUAGGGUUAAAACUGGCUCCGCCACUGAGGAUGGAGAGCACAUGGUUUAAGCAAGGAACUAAACUCAGGUAAGCAAUAUAUGUCCAUCAUGGCCCUCUUGUUUUGAAGUUGUAGUGAUAGCUCUAAAAAUCAUUGAAGUAUUAAAUACAACAUUGUGACGUGCAGUGCACAGAAUCUUUCAGGUUCAGGUCAGGAGGGAUCAGAAAGGUCUUAAAAUGUGCUCCAUCUUGUUUGGGGCAUAACUUUGUUUCACAGAAUGCAAUUUUUAUUUAAACUCUGUAGAAAUAGUAUCACAACAUUGUGCACAAAAUCCAUUCUGCUAUUACCAAGGUCCAAAGCAUGAGUCUUAAGAAAGGUCAUAGGUACUGCACUUCCUUGUCUGAGUAGAGAUGGAUGCAAGGAACAAGUUACUUGAAAUUUACAAGGAUUGUUUGUGAAACACAUGACCCAUGAUGACCUUUUGGAGGUCUCAAGUUUGCAUUUGCCUUCUCCUUAGACCCAAUGGCCAUCGGCUGUCAUGUUUGAUGGCUGUAGGUUUAAGCAUUCUCCAGCUAUUGAUCAGAAACCAUUUCUAGUAAGGUCAGUGACCAUUGACCAACUGGCUCCUGAAACAGUAGGGGUCAUCUAGUGACCACAGGCAAACACAUGAAAUUUAAAUCAAAUACCAAAGCAGUCUCCAGUUACUGACAGGAAAUUGUUUGCAGCCUUAGGUCUCUGUAGCAUUUUGUCUCAAUAAAAUACUGUAAAAGCAGAAAUUUUUGCGAGGGUUUAAUUUUUGCUAUAUUUGCGAGGCCCUACAUCUCGCGAAGAUUAUUCCUCGCGUAAAUAUUCACCAUUAGUAUAAUUCUAAUUCAAGUAGGAUACCAUUUUUACAAUUUCGCAAAUAUUAAACCUCGUGAACAUACUCAAAAUUUCAAAUUCGCAAAAUUUUGACACAGCGAAAAUAUAUGCUUUUACAGUAACCCCAAAAAAUAAGAGGUCAUCUUGUGAUCACAGGGAAUGAGCACAUUUCAACACUGUAGGCUUAACACAUUGUAGUUACUGCUCAGAACUGCCUUCUAUCUCAUUAUCACCAUGACCUUGACAUAAUGACCUUCAAAACUGCAGGGACUUUUCACUAACCACUGACAAUCUUCCUAGGUAGUAAUUUUAUUAGAAACCAAAUUGUGAAUUGAUGGACUCGAACAGGAGCAUAACAAUAUAUCUGUCUUGUUCAAGGAGGGAUAUAAAUAUUGCCUGUCUUGUCUUCUGCCAUUUUCAGUUUAUCAACUCUAAUUACAUGUAUGAAAUGUUUAGGAAAGUUAAUAAAAUGAAACAAAAUUUC